AUGGAUGUUUUAUUAUCCUCAACCUCAAGUUCAAGCCUAAUCAACAUUUCAAAACCUUACAAACAUCAUCAUAACCUUCCACUUUCAAAUAAUCAUCAAAGACAACCUCGUACGGUACAGUUUUCCGUCUCUUGCAGAGCCACAAAAAGUGUUCCAAUUAAUCAUAUGCUACUCGAUGAUGAUGAUGGAAACUUGUACAAGAUACUACGUUUGAGUUCUAAAACAGCAACAACGGAUGAGAUAAAAAGAGCAUAUAGAAGAAUGGCUCUUCAGUAUCAUCCUGAUGUUUGUCAUGAAGGUUUGAAGAAAGAGGAAACAACGAGGAUGUUUGUAAAACUGAAUGCAGCUUAUGAGAUAUUGUCGAAUCCAAAGCUUAAAGAGGAGUAUGAUUCAAAGUUAUUGGGUGAUUUGAGAAGAAGUAAAUGGAUGGAACAAGUUGUUGAAUUGAAUAGAAGGUCUCAAACACGUAUGGAUGCUGCACCAUCAUCAUGGGGUAGUAGAAUGAGAGCCAAGAACAAUAUCAACAAAGAUGAUCAUAAUAACUAG